AUGGAAAACUCCACUCCCCUAUCUGAGGCCCAAAAGGUCGCGCUUGAUAAGCUGACCGCAUCUUUGGGUCCAGAGUACGUGGAGUUCCUUGUUUCACAAGGUCCUGAAGUGCUUAAUGCACGUGUUGAAAGCUUCAUGCAGUAUGAAGCGACCCUUUUAGGGCAGGUCCAAGACCAAAUAGCGUCGGCUAUGCCUACACGCUACGUGUCUGUACCAGACGAAGAGGCUAAGCCUCGUCCACUUAGAGUGGAAGUGAAAAACUACUCCGGUAAGGAGGGUGAGAACCUCAUCCUCUGGAUCCGUGAGAUUGAGAUGGCCAUGAGAUCAGGCCUGAUCACGCUUGACCAUCAACAGGUCUCGCUGGCUAUCUCGAAGCUCGAUGGUAGAGCUAGAGAAUGGGCCUUGACGUGUAGCACGUCGGUGGACAUAGCGUUUCCCACAUGGGAGUCGCUCAAGUCACAAUUGGUACAGGUGUUUUCUCCACCUAACCAGGCUUACCGCGUGCGUUCACGCUUUCUUUCUACCCGCCAGGGUAAGAAUGAAUUAUCGGACUAUGUCCAAGAGCUGCGAACGCUCAUGGCUGCAAUGCAGUCUGACCCUCUGCCUGAAGCAGUCCAUGUGACUAUAUUCAUGGAAGGUCUACGUACUGGCAUUGCCAGAACCGAGGUUUUUCGGGUUCACCCCUCUACGUUUGAAGAGGCUGUGAGAAUUGCUCUUAUGCUGAGCAUAACUUCAAGUCGGCCAGACUUGGUUGGAAUGGAUACAAUCCUCGCUCUGUGA